CUUCAUAUUUUCUUUUUGUUUAUAUCCUUCGCUUUGAAAGUUAAGCUAAUUUGCGGGUCAAAGUCAUCUAAUUUUGACGGUGAACUUUGGAUGACUGUUGGCAAAAACAAGAAUGCAGUUCUCUGUGCCUCUUAAAACUCUUUUGUUUGGAUAGGCUUUGAGUAAGCUGUGACAUUCUACUCCAUGUUAGAUUUGUUAGAGUAAUUGGUGUAGGUACCAUUGUGGAGGUUUCUGCAUAUGAUCUUUUUGUUUCUAUGCUUUGUUUUGAAAGUCAAGAAGCCAACUUGCAGGUCAAAGACAUCUGAUUCAAAUGGUGAACUUUGGAUGAUUGUUGGCCAUUUCGGAUACCAGGUCCAUCUUGGAGAUUUGUUGACAUGAUACAUAUCGGUCUGUACCAGUGUACCGACAUAUGGUAUGCUGGGGCAUGCCGAAGGGGACUCGGGUGAGCUGUCUCGAUGGCGACUCGGACCGAUAUGUACCAUCCGUACAAUAUUGACUCUGGGCGGUACAGCAAACCUGCUGCAAAAAUAAGAAUAUGUGGAAAUAAACAAUAGGCUUGAUGGCUAAAGGAGACCGCCCAAAAUUGAGAAGGUUCAAAUGGAAGAUUUGAUGAGAUUUCACUAUCAACUGCCACCUGAACAAUAGCUUGCUAAUGAUGAGUACCAAGUUCUUAGAGAUGCAAAAAAUUAGGGAGGAGGAGAACUUUCUUGAGAGACUACAUAAACUUCAGCUAGGUAUACCUAAUACACUAAAUGUGAUUUCAAAUAUUCCUUUUCUCUUCGUUGGCGUUGUCGGGCUUACACUCUGCUUCUAUAGAAACUAUUUUAGGUUAAGAUUGCAAGGUGAAAUUUGGGGUUGGUCAAUUUUCUUUCUUGGUGUGACUGCUGUUGCAUUUGGUUCUUCCUAUUACCACCUCAAGCCAAACGAUGCUCGGCUUGUUUGGGAUCGGCUACCUAUGACUGUAGCAUUUACAUCUAUUAUGGCAAUCUUCAUCAUUGAGAGGGUUGAUGAAAAGACUGGAACAACAUCAAUUGCACCCCUUGUUAUUGCGGGUAUACUUACCAUCUUGUAUUGGAGAUUUUUCGAUGAUUUACGCCCUUAUGCACUCAUCCAGUUCCUUCCUUGCAUCAUUAUACCUUUAAUGGCUAUACUAAUUCCACCAAUGUAUACACAUUCUUCGUACUGGCUAUGGGCAGCAGGAUUUUAUCUCUUGGCUAAAGUAGAAGAAGCUGAAGAUAAACAGAUUUACAAAUGGACAAAUCACAUUGUCAGUGGGCAUACUCUUAAGCAUCUUUUUGCGGCAAUGGUUCCAGUUUUCUUGACACUCAUGCUUGCAAAAAGAGACAUUGAGCCUGAGAGGAGGAGUUUGCUUCAGAAAUGGAAGAUCUAUUGGAUCAGGAUAAAAGAAAAUGGGUUAAAGGCUGAAAGAUUGGAAUGCGAGUACUCCGAAGUUUCAACGACGGUCUAAUGGUAAAAAUAUGUCUAGUCAUUGACAGUCUUAGACAAAGUGUUUUCCAUUUUGUUAUGUGAAAUCCCCCAUUGAGCGUAUUCAUAUGUAUCCUCAAAUAGUUGGGACAACAUUGUGUUGUAUUUGUUGUAAUGUACUCAAUAUGUAUACAGUACAGAAAGCUGGUUUAUACAUGUUAUGCCCCUGGAACAUGUAUUAUUAUGUCA